AUGUCCAAACGGGAAAGCGAGUCCGAUUGCUUUCCUAACGGCCCCCCACUGAACGGCAGCGGUGGUGAUCUGCGUAUGAUUGAUACGGAUGCGGGGUGCCAUAGUAAUGCGAGCGACAACAAGCUGUCCCUGCCGAAGCUCCACACCCCCGUCGAGCAGCCCAUGCAAAUUGUGGAGAGCAUCAAGGCCUUUCAGAAGCUCUACCAGGAAGGCUGUCUUACCGCGCAGGAGUUCACCCAGACGAAGCAGAAAAUCCUCAAUUUAUCCUCAAACUCGCGGGGAUCUUCGGUGGAUGAGAGGGAGCGAGGGGGGGCGCGCGCGGAGCGGCACCGGGGCAGCAACUACCGUCGCCCCAAAAAGCCCGGCGGGAGCGCUAGCAAUGUCAAAAGCGGGAGUAGCGCCCGCGGGACUUCCCUAAGCGGGCGAAGUAGCCGGAGUUCGACCUCGUUGUCCGCGAGCAGCGGCAGCAGCCGCUUUAUCGUCCCCCGGGCGGAGGUUUGGCGGGAUUUAUACGUCAACGACCACGAACUCAUGGCCGCCGAGGCCCUCAGCCCGACCUAUGACGGCAGCUUCGACAUGGGCGCGGAGGACGUGCAGGUGUCCUUUCACGAGCACCGCCCCACCCUGCCCUGCGACCGAUGUGAUGAAAAGGAGCUGAAGAGCGGCGAAAAGGGCCAACUGUUGGCGGGGGCCGAACACGUCACCAACUCGCCAAAGAAGCCCCGGAAUAGGAUGGAUGGGGUCUACGGCGUCUCCAUCCCGGGCGACAAAAAUAAGUACGGGACCUUCAAAAAAUCCUUCUGGGGGGGCUACAGGAUGGAUGGGAGCGCAAAAGCGGAGACCUUCCCCCACCUCCGACGAAGCCCCUUGCUGACGAGUGAUGCGGUCCACGUCACAUACUUUAAUAGUCGCGGCGCCUCCGGGGUCACCUUUGGCGAUAUCGAACUCACCGAGGGGGAGAUUCGCGACCCGAUUUUCCUCCACAAGGGCGUUUCCUCGACCCCGCCUUUUCAUCACCACCCGAACCCCGAGAUCCAGCCGAGCGUCCUGCCCGGUUCCGACGACUUUGGGGCCGUGGGGGCUGCCGAGAAGCCCCCGUCGUUGAUGGGCUCCCGCCUGUGGGAGGCCUUUUCGCACAGCAAAAGUUCCCUACGGCGGUCGUCCUACCUGGAGCAGAGCCUGAAUUGGUAUUGGGUCGACGUCACCGGCUGCGAUCCGACGCGGCACCACUACCGCAGCGUCCUGGGCUUUUUGACGAAAAAGUUCAACAUCUGCAAGUCCUUUUUGGACAGUCGGGAGCAUAACUUGAUGGUCCCGCAGGUGGUGGAGUCGCUGAAUUACCCCGGGCAGUUUAUGCUCCUCCUUCGCGUCGCGACGCAGGAGAUUAGCAUCUCCGCCGACUCCAUCCUGGAACUGACGAAUCGAUGGAUUAUUAUUGUGGACCUCCGCCAGCAUAUUGUGAUUACCCUCCACCGCGUGGAUACGACGAGUAUGGCGGAGCUGCGGCGGCAGUGGCGGAAGGUGAUGGAAUCCAGCGCGGUGUCCUUCCAGGAGUUCCUGCUCAAAAUCAUCGAUGAUGCGAUGCGGACGUACCAGCUUAGUCUGGAUGUGCAUGCGGACCUGCUCGAUAGGUGUGAGCGGAAGCUCUUAAUUUAUGACGCCUCGAAUGCAAACGGGGCGAAAAACUCCAGCAAUCGAAAAUCGAUGAACGACCUUCGAAUCCUCAAACACUUCACGGACGGCUCACGCUCAUCGUUUUUGAGCAGGCUACUCGACCCCAAGGGCAACUCCCGCGUGGAUAAACGCGAAUUAAACAACUUUCUACAUCACUUACACCGCCGCACAAGCGUUCAGCAUCGCAUGUUGAAUAUCACGCAGGAAGUUUUGGCCCAGGCCUUCACCAAACUGCAGCUCUGCAGUAAGGAAAUGGCUCAACAGAUGUGCAGCAACUGCAUCGAGCUUCGGGGUCGCGCUCUGGAGGUGCGGGAUGAUGCCAAGACGCUCCUCAAUCUGCAUAUCUCUCUCCAAUCUUUUCGCUCCAACGAGCUGAUGAUGGUGUUGACCCGGGUUGCGCUUCUCUUUACGCCAUGUACCUUUUUGUCCGGUGUCUAUGGCAUGAACUUUGUGAACAUGCCGGAGUUAAGCUGGCGAUAUGGCUAUGUAUUUUUUUGGAGCGUAUCGGCAUUACUAGUAAUUAUGAUGCAAUGGUUAUUUCAUCAACGCGACGCGAUGGCAUAG